AGUCGUUAAAUCUGAAAACUAUUUAUUUUAAAAAAUGUAAUACAUUGGAAGGAAGAUAUUGGGUAGUUCCUCACUUUUGUGGCAAAGUAUUCAUUGUAAAGAAAAUUUCUUAGUAUUUAUUGGAAAGGAGGAAGGAGGGGGUGUAAUUGUAAUGUUAAACCAUGAUUUCUUGAUUUAUUUUUAAAGUUAACCACUUGACUUAACACUGACACUUUACUUUAUUCCCUACCACAUAUUGAAAUACAAAUAUAUUUAUUAAUUAGUGUAAGUUUAAAAUUUAGAUUAACCCCCCCCCCCUCCCCCCCCCCCAACUAGUUUUUUUUUGUUUUUAAUGUGGGGGGUGUGCAUUAUAAUUAUAACAUUGUAUGUGAUCCCUCGGGGCGUGGUGUAAAAAUGAAUGGGAAGCCAGUGUAUCUAUUUUAUUAACUCCAAGAUAUAAUUACGCCACAAAUACAUUACAGGCAGAGAAUCACAAAAAAAUUGAUCAUGAAGUUAAAGUUGUCUAAGGCAUUGUUAUAUUUUGAUUUUGUGAUAUCAAGCGAUUGUCAACACAAAACAACAGAAUGACGAUAAAUACAAAACAUUGCAGUGAUUUUUAAAAGUCUUUUAACAAUAAUUAAAUGUCUUUGAAUUAGUUUUACAUUGGCAUUACACAUUACUAAAAAAUGCUGACGGACAUCAGCCCGGAGGGGGGGGUAUGCAAAAGGUAAGUUUGUUGUUUGGAUGUCCUUUGUGGACAACGCCUAUCCAGAGCCGUGAUUUUUGUAGGCCCCCUUUUUGCUUAAGCCUCUGCCCCUAACUCACCCCCACCCCCCUGGCAUUGAUCGAUUUCUUAACAAAAAACAACAAAUAAAAAAACUUAGAAUUAGCGCAAAUCCUGUCCCAAGCACAUUGUGCAAUGGUUUCUGUUAGACAACGUCGUGUUUUACCCUGAGAAUAGAACAUGCCAUGCCAUUCUGGAGCAAAUUCCGUCAUGAACAGGGUAAAUGCAGACCUAUGGCUUUGUUAUACAGUUUGCUACCGCGCCAAAGUUUCUAAAAUCGUGGUGUUUUCAAAAGAUUUGCUGUGAGACUGAGGGUUGUGAAUGAACUGUGGAUAUCGUGUGUAAAUUUUGCCAAUUCAUAAUGAAAGCAAGAUGGAUGAAAUACGACCAUGCACAUUAAUAUUCAUAUGAUAUACUGGUAUUUUCUUUGGGUGUUCGUAAAAGUAAAAUAGAAAUAUUCAACAACAUGAAGAAUGUUGAAAUACAAUAAACUAUCGCUUAGUAUUCAAAAUAGUUCUCUUAUACAUGUUACAUACACUAUACAUGAGCUUUCAGUUUGUUUUCUAAUGUCUUAUUACCGGUAUUUUCAAAGUCAAAGGCUGGCAAAACUUGUUGAAACACUUAAUAAUCUGAAUUUAACAUAUAUUUAAAAUGUUUAAAUUGCUACAAAAUUAUUUAAAAACUUCUCAUGAAACUACUGUUGCAAAUGAACAUGAUAAUUUAAAUAUAAAUAUUUUUAAUUAAAAUGGAAAAAAAUUUAUUAAAACUCGAAUCCCUACUGGGAAUUGAUCACAAAAUAUAAUAUCGCCAAGCGUCUUCUCUACCGCAAGACCACACAAGAUGUUAUCUAACAGACACAUCUUAAAACCAGGUGCAUUUUUGCAGCGGUGUACGCAGGCCUAAGUUCAUGGUUUUGCUAGGUACACUGCCACAGAGUACGGAGGUCUAGGUCCAUGGUUUUGCUAGGUACACUGCCGCAGUGCACACAACCACUUUGAAAAAAAUUUGAAAGUAGGGGUGCAUAACCGAUACUAUUAUCAUUUAUUUAUGCUGCGGCUAUUCAGACCCGGGUAUCAGAAAUAGGUCCCUUUAGACUAAAUGCUAUUUUGAUGUCAUUUGUGGCAGUUUAUUUUAGUUUAUCUGAAGAAGUAAGUUUACAAACAUAUAUACUCCAUUCAAUUAUCUUUCAUUUGAUAACUUAUUUUGUCUUGUUACAAACCCAACAAUAAUAUUUUAAAUAUUUUUUAAUUCCAACUUCUCACUUCUGAUACCCUGGUCCGAAUAGCCACUGUAUAGUUUAUAGUAAAAUAUAGUCAUUUAAUAUAGGCUACCAAAAGAUGUAAAUAGUAAAUUUAUCGCCAGUUUAGGGCCAUGGGCCAUCAAUUUCCAUAUCAUAAUUGACAAUGCUAUAUUUGUAGAUUUUAGCACCUCUCCUUCCUCGUCACAAAUCUUCACAAAUAUCUAGACCCCCUCAAAUAUUAUGUCAAAUACCUCUAAGCCCCCGCCCUUCACCAUAUUUUCGAAAAUAAAAAUUAAUCUUUCAGAUCAUUUUUAUUUUAUUGAAUUGUCAUUGUUGUAUGAAUAUAAUAUUCACUCUGACCACAACACUUGAUAGUAACCUUUUUGUUUGCAAACUCUCAAACAUUCCUUGCCCAUGUAUGGGCCUAUCACAUUACUAUUAUUACAACUCAGCUAGAGCAAUUUCCCCAAGAACAUUUAUUAAGAUUAUUUUCCCCUGAAAACUAUUUUUCAUUGUUUCCUAUCCCUAGAUCACAGAUUCACGUGAACUCCUGUCACCUUCUUUUUUGACGUCAUUGAUUCCGACUGUGAAAUAUAAAUGCACCUUCCUCUCUUGUCCCACUUGGCAUACUGUAACUUGAUAGUCUCAGAAUAAAGCAAUCAGUGGUUAGAGCCCAAUUAAAUGGACCUCUCAUACCUGAGAAGGCCUUAAAGUUCCCACAGUCUAGUUGCACUCAGUAAAAGAACAGUGAUUGUAGUUUAAAAAUGAAAGUAUUCAAUCAAAUACAAUCUGACAACAAUCAUAAAUUCAAAAAUGUAAAGAAUUAAAAUUUAAUUAUUAAAAAUUGUUGUAGCAUAUAAAUAAAUUAUGGAAAAAAUAACUAAUUGAUUGCAAGGUGUUUCCAUUAUGUUUUACAUUUUAUGUGAUGUCACAUGCAGCAUCACAAACAUUUUUGUAGCUCUUAUUUUUGUAAAAGAUUUCUAUACUUGUUAUGCCAAUAAUAAUAUGUAACAAAAAAUAAUGUGUCAUUGGCUGGUAUUUAUUAGGACUUUUUAUGUCUUCACACCCUUAAAAGAGUUGAGGCAUUUGCAAGCAAGUAACAAAUACCUAAAGAAAUAGCUCGUUCUCUAAGAGAGUUUGUAAGCUACAAACCCACUAUUGUAAGUUAAGUGCACUACCAAUAUUAAUUGUUAAAACAUGCCUGUUGUUUUCUGCUUUCCAACACCAUUACAGUACAGCAUUCUUAUUGACAUUUGUAUGUUUCAAUCAGAGGAUACUGAAAUGGCUUCCGAUGGUAAUGACACUGCAGAUACCAAUGUAAAACAGUCCUGGCGCUCAAGUGUGGACUCUAAGGGGGCUUUUGUUAGAAAAGAAUCUGCAUUUAGAAAUUGGAUAACAGGUAUAUAGGCAGUAAAAUUAAAUUAACAUAAAUUAUAGUCACUUUUAUUUUAAUAUGAAGAAAAAUUCAAGAGACUAUUCUAGAAUUGAAUCCUUGAGUCCAAAUCCACAAGACCAAAUGAAAGAGCAAGACUAAAUAAUACACAGACUGGAGGAGAAUAUGUUUGAUGAGACAAUGGAAGAAACUAUGUUGAGAAUUUUGCAGAGGAGGCAGAGAAAAUAACAUGAAGACAUUGUACCAAACUAUAUGACAGUUGAUGGAUGACACUCAGCAAGUUGAAGCUUAACGAUGACAAAACAGAAGCACUCCUUAUUCACGAUCACAAAUCAUCCUCUAACUCGGCUCUCCCCACUUCAUUUCAUGUUGGUAACCCUGAUUUUCAGUUUACAUCCUCUGCUAGGAAUCUUGGUUAUAUUCUAACAACAUGUCUCUCGAUAAUCAUAUCUCUCACAUUUGUUGCUCUACAUACACCGCUAUUCGUCAGAUCAGCUCCAUCCCCCAAUACCUCACAGUUAGUGCAACAAAAACCCUAGUCUGUGCUCUAGUUCUUUAUCGUCUUGACUAUUGUAACUCUCUUCUAUCAGGUUCACCAAAACACUUCUUAGAAAAAUUACUAAAGGUUCAAACCUCAGCUGCUAGGCUUAUUCUAAAGAAAAAAAAACGUGAUUACGUCACACCACUACUUCAUUCACUUCUUUGGCUCCCUGUACAAGCAUGGAUUGACUACAAACUCUCUGUUUUCUGCGACAACUUUUUCUCGAAUUCCUCCCCUUCCUAUCUAACCGAACUUCUCUCUGUCUAUUCACCCCUUCGACAGCUCCGCUCCUCCGCAGACGCGCGUAGUAUUUCUGUCCCCAAGACUCGCACAAAAACAUAUGGUGAAUGAUCUUUCUUUUUCUGUGCCCCCAAAAAAUGGAAUUCUCUUCCACUACACAUUCACAAUAUACCAACCAUCACAACCUUCAAAAAUGCACUCAAAACACAUCUUUUUAAACUCUACUGACCUGACUGAUUCCCUCCUCUGACCGAAAAAUGAUAUUACUGGGUUUUGUCCAUGGCUUGACAUGUAAAUAGUUUUAAAUAUACAUUUGCUUUGUUUGAUUUAAUUAAGUUAAUGUAGGUUAAUUAAUUUUUUAAGCUUUUGAUUAUGUUUGUUAAAUUGUAUGUACAGCAUGGUGAGGCCAGCCCUAGGCUGUGGUACCACACUAUAUAAAACCACGUAUAAUAAUAAUAAUACUAAUAAAAAACAAAGACACUAUACCAGACAAUUUGACAGUUGAAUGGACUCAAAGACAGUGUACCUGACUAUAUAUAUAUGAGAGCUGAAAGGGGACAGAAGGCUGGGCUGAAAUCAUCAUUGCAGAAGACCAGAAAAUUCAACAUUCCUUAGAACAGAUAAAACAUUUGAUUCUUUUACACUUGAUAGUAAUAUCAAAUCACUCUAUGAUAUCAGUAUUAUCAAAUAACUCAAUGAUAUUAGUAUUAUCAAAUAACUCAAUGAUAUCAGUAUUAUCAAAUCAAUCUAUGAUAUCAGUAUUAACAAAUCACUCUAAGAUAUCAGUAUUAUCAAAUAACUCAAUGAUAUAAGUAUUAUCAAAUCAAUCUAUGAUAUCAGUAUUAACAAAUCACUCUAUGAUAUCAGUAUUAUCAAAUCACUCUAUUAUAUUAGUAUUAUCACAUCACUCUAUUAUAUUAUUAUUAUGAAAUCACUCCAUUAUAAUAGUAUUAUCUAAUCACUCUAUUAUAUUGGUAAGUGUAGCAUCGAGGAACCUGGGAUACACUAUACGUUUAUAAUUUUUUUGAAAGAUGAAGAUAAUAUUUGCUUUUAUUACAAUUUAUGAUUAAAAAAUAAUUCAAAAUCACUUUUUCAAUUGUCCUUUUAAAGACGUUUGGAAUAAAAACCCAAGACCUAUAUGUACAUGUCCCUUGCUGCUUACACUCAAACAAAUAAGAUUUUUUUUUCCUUUUGAGUUUUUUUCAUCAGUUUGUAAUAUUUUUACAGCUGAUGGAUCUUCAGGGUUUAAAUCAGAGGCCAAUCGUUAUCAUCUCUAUGUCUCUCUGGCAUGCCCAUGGGCACACAGAACUCUUAUUGUCCGUUCUCUCAAAGGCCUGGAGGAUAUCAUCUCAUUUACAGUAGUGGACUGGUUUUUGGAUAAAAAUGGCUGGGCAUUCACUGACCAGGUAUACAAUUGGCUUGUUUUAAAUUUGCAUCACUUUAGAAAUGAUACUUAUAAAAUGACUAAUAAUAAUUUGAUGCAAUGUUCCAUAAAAAGAUUGACAAAAAACUCUAAAAAAUAUCAAUGCUCUCUCUAAGUGUACAAUGUACACAUUAAAGUUCAGUCAAAGCUAGUGAAUAUCACCAUAUCGGUUGAACACUGCAUGCUCUGAAUGGAGGAGAAUCAAUUAGAAAUAGACAUGAUUUUGAGAAUUUAAAUAGUACAAAAUUUUGUUUGAAAACUUAAAUGGACAAAAUUUACAUUUGUAUGGUUAUCAUAUUAAAAAUUAGGUCGACAUGAUUUGAAAUUAUAGUGGUUCCCAAACUUUUCAGAGGUACAGGUCUCUGCUGGAUCCAGUUUUCCAGCAAUGCCAUUAGUCAAAUUCUAAAAAAGAACAUAGCAAAAUAGAUACUUUUUUUUCAAAUUAAAAUAUUAGGUAAAUAUUAAUAGAACACUAUCGAGGAUCACAAAAGUGCCAUUUAGUAACCAUUUCUAGGGCUUCUACAAACAGUUAUUACUGAAGUAAGUUACUGGUUUACAUCAAACUAGAUGUCUUGGAAAUUCUGUAUUAAAAAUAUAAAUAAAUUUAGAAAUUCUGUAAUAUUUUUUGGCGUCUCUGCACACAGCUCUCAGCUCACAGCUCUCUACACACAGCUCUCUGCACGACACACAGCUCUUUGCACAUCACACAGCUCUCUGCACACAGCUUUCUGCAUUGCACACAGCUCUUUGCACACAGCUUGUGUGCAUCAAGUUAUAGUUGACAAUUUUAAUUUUUGCCAACAAAACCUAACAUUUUCUCUACAUUUACAGUGUGUUAAAUGUAUAUAGCAGUGUUCUCAAUGUACGGCUUCAAAAUAUAUCAUGAUGUUUUCUGAAACAGAAACCAAAAUGUUCCUUAGACACAGUCAACAACUGUAGCUACCUCAAAGAAAUCUAUGCAAAGAGUGACCCAAGUGAGUUGUAUUUUCUGUAUAUUAAAUUCAUCACUAUAAAUUAUAAGAGUAAUAUUCGAGAAAAGUGAACAUGGAUUGAGGCAAAUUUAAUACACAAUAAUAAAGUAAAAAAUAUUGUACUGUCUUUACCACUAUAGAACUAACAAACAGUUGCAGCAUUACAGAGCAUUAUAUCUGAGAGUAGCUUCCAUUAUUUUUAUGUGGUAACAAUUUAUUUUCUAGCAUACAGAGGCAACAUAACAGUGCCUUGUCUGACAGUAGUUCCUGCUAUCUUUGUUGUAUUUGCCUUGUAUUUUCUAGCAUACAGUGGCAACAUAACAGUGCCUUGUCUGUGGGAUAAAAAAACCCAGACUGUUGUCAACAAUGAGUCCAGUGAAAUCAUCCGGAUGCUUAAUAGUGAGUUCCAAGAAUUCUGUAAGACACCUGAACAGGAAGCACUGAAUCUCUAUCCAGAAGAUCUAAGACCUGAAAUUGAUGGCUUAAAUUCUUGGAUCUACCCGUGAGUGACCCACAGUUUGUAAUCUAUGAUGACCAAAGAUACUUAUUUGGCCAGUGAUGUAACUAGGGUUAGUGCUGCCAGGGGUGGGCUAAUAUUUUUUUGUCUCCUUCCCCCCACCUCCCAAGAACUAAAUGCUUAAAUUUGCUGAGAAUGCUGCACCUCAAUAAUUGAAAGAAGUGUGACCACCCCUUCCCCUUCCUUUCCUACACCAUCUUAUCCUACAACAUUCUCUUCUACACCAUCCUUUCCUACACUACCCUUUCCUACACCACUCUUUCCUACACCAUCCUUUCCUACACCACCCUUUCCUACACUACCUUUUCCUCCACCAGUAGGUGUAGCACAAAGUAGGAAACUUCUGUUCAUUCCAUAGAAAUUUGAGCUUCAAAAGAUAGUGAAUAUCACUAAAGUAUUUGAUGACAGUACACCAGCUUUAGAUACCGCUGGCCUGUUUGAUGCUUAGUAUAUUCAAGUGUUAUGCAUAUGAUUGGUAUAUAAAGGGCACAUGAGUAUUACACACUAUGGUAUAAGGGCACAUUUGUAUCAGGCCACAUUUGUAUCAGGGCAUACAAGAAUAAUGGCACGCAGUAAAUAAAUCAUUAGAGUGAAAAUUUACUAAAUGAAUUACACAGAGAAGUAAUGUACAUUUCAGUUUUUCUUUGAAGCUUAUCUUAGGGUUGACCUGCCCCCGAGAAUAAAGUGUACCGUAACAAAUAAAGCUGAAGUAUGAUUUUUUUUUCAAAAACAACACGACAUUGUCAUUUUUAUAAAGUGUAUUUAAAUUAUGAUUUUUACCAUUACAAUUAGUAGUGUUUUAAAUUAUGCCUUUCACCAUUACAAUUAGUAGUGUAUUAAAUUAUGCCUUUAAUUAUUACAAUUAGUAGUGUAUUAAAUUAUGAUUUUUAUCAUUACAAUUAGUAGUGUAUUAAAUUAUGCCUUUUGUUAUUACAAUUAGUAGUGUAUUAAAUUAUGCCUUAUUUUCACAUUACAAUUAGUAGUGUAUUAAAGUAAGCCUUUUAUUAUUACAAUUUGUAGUGUAUUAAAUUAUACCUUUCAUAUUACAAUUAGUAGUGUAUUAAAUGAUGCCUUACACCAUUAUAAUUAUGAUAUUAAGGGUUAGGUAACCAGGUUAGGUAAAAAGAAAUGAUCGAAAUUAAGUAUAAAUGGAUGACUGUUACAUAGUUUAAUCAUUAUCUAUAAAUGGGUUAAUCAGUAUCUAUAAAUGGGUAACUGUUACAUAGUUUAAUCAGUAUCUAUAAAUGGGUAACUGUUACAUAGCUAAAUGUUUAUUUAGUUUUAAUGGACAUGAAAAUUUUCCUGACAAUAAAAAUCAAAUCAAAAUGUUAAUGCCGGAUGUGUAGAUAAAAAUGAUAAUGCCAGAUGUAUAGAUAAAAACGAUCAUACCGGAUGUUUACAUAAAAAUGAUAAUGCCUGAUUUAUUGAUUGAUUUCAGUCAGAUCAAUAAUGGUGUUUAUCGCUGCGGGUUUGCUAAAUCUCAGGAAGCUUAUGAUGAGGCAGUGACUGGAUUGUUUGACGGGCUGGAUAAGGUAUGAUCAACUGCAGGGGAAAUCCUUAGAUUACUCAGAUUCUUAGAUUUAGACUUAGCUAAAUAAUUCUUUCUAGCGUUUAUAUAGCCAGUGUACUCUGCCAUGUGCAUAGUAUGAACCGUAAAUGGCCUCAAUUACCUAAGUUCUUGGUUUACACUUAAACAUUUAUGACUAUAUUCUUGGUAUAUUCUUAAAGACCACUAAUAGUAAUAAUAAUAAUAUACAACUAAAUUCUUGGUAUACUACUCAGUGUAUUAAUUAUAUAGCAGAUAAAGUACUUAAUGUUGUCAUCAGAUGGUUAUCUCAGUUCUCUGAGUACUUUAAUGUUGCCAUCAGAUGGUUAUCUCAGUUCUCUGUCCAUAGGUAGAGGAUAUUUUAUCUUCAAAGAGAUAUCUGACUGGUCCUAACCUUACUGAGGCUGAUGUCCGUCUUUUUACCACAUUGAUACGGUUUGACACUGUCUACCACACUCACUUUAAGGUAAGUAACACCAUCUCACACAUUUUAAGAUUAGUAACACUACCACACACAUUUUUGAGUUUUUCAUAACGGACACUCCCUUCCCGUCAGUUGCGGAAGGCCACACCCGGUUAUAUAUAGUGACAGUGCAAAAUGCCAGGAAGUAUAAGAAUUAUUGUAACAACUAUUAUAUCAACCAUUAUAACAACUAUGAUAAAGAGCAAAACGUUACCAGAUUAAAAAUUCAAAGUUAAUCUCUUAUCAUAAAUCAUUUGGAUAAAGUCAACCUGACUUAAGAAUUGGAGGAAGUUUUAAAGUCAACCUGACCUAAGAAUUGGAGGAAGUUUUAAAGCCAACCUGACCUAAGAAUAGGAGGAAGUUUUAAAGUCAACCUGACUUAAAAAUUGGAGGAAGUUUUUAAAAACAAAAAACUCACAUUUUGACAUAUGUUGUUCAAUAGCAACCAAAUAUUUAUAAUUAGAGUGAUCUCCCCCCAUGUCUCUUUUGUUCAAUGAUGGUAUAAUGUUGUCAUUAUAUCAGCCAUAGAGGAAGUCCAGAUUUAAUUUCUUUAAAACAUACUGGAAUACUCGCAGCGGGCCUACAGCAGCUUAUAACAAAUAUUGCUAGUGUGUCGAAGUCUACAAGUUUACACCCCCUCCCCCGCGUCCAAGGUUGUCCCCCUUUGAACAAAGCCCUCUUCUCCAGUCUUUGGGAAUGUCCAUUUUGAAAAACUCCUUUAAGGUUAGUGACAUAGUAUGCUACACUUGUGAGAUGCCUUAGAAUUGAUAUAAUUUGCUCCUAUAAAUAUCAAAGAGUGUUUGAGAAUAAUUUAAUUAUUUAAAUAUUUUUUAAAACUAUGAAGCUAUUUAUAGAGCCAAGCACUGUAGUGUGGGGUUAAGCAGCCACCUCUGUAGCCUAGCACUGUUGUGUGGGGGUUAGGCAGCCAGCUCUGGAGCCAAGCAACAUAGUGUGGGGCUAAGCAGCCAGCUUUGGAGCCGAGCUAGAUAUUGGCUCUCUAAAAGAGGGAUGUUUUAUUUCAUAUUUUAAUUAAAUUCAUUUUUGUUUUUUACAGACCAAUAAAAAACGUAUUGUGGACUAUUCUAAUCUGUGGGGUUAUGUCCGUGACAUUUACCAAAUACCAGGCGUGGCAAACACAGUUGAUCAGGAGCAUAUCAUGAAGCAUUAUUAUGUAAGUGUCUUGAAAAGACAUGAUCUUGUGGCUGAUUAACUUAUGACAAGAUAUGAUGUUGUGGAUUAUAAAAACUAUGACAAGAGAGAUAUUUAGAGAUAAAAAUAGACAGAAAGGCAGGUUCAUAACUGCAGAAUUUGUGACAUGAUGGUUUGUACUUUCUGCCUGUGCACCCCCCUCUCCUCCCCAAAACUCACCUAUAAACAAUAUAAAAAUCAACCCCCCCCGAGUGCGUAUGUUAUAUAUGGAUGGCCCCUAGUUGCACAUUUACUUUUGUAGGUUACAAAUUCAAGUUUCAAACUAUCAGUGUUAAUGGGACUGAUUAGACAUUUAGUGAAAAAGGUUAAAAAUCAAGUUUCAGAUUGUCAGUGGUCAUUGGACCAAUUGGACAUUAAGUGAAGAAGUUUAAAAAUCAAGUUUCAAAGUGUCAGUGGUCAUGGGCCCAAUUGGACAUUAAGUGAAGAAGGUUAAAAAUCAAGUUUUAAACUGUCAGUGGUCAUGGGGCCAAUUGGACAUUAAGUGAAGAAGGUUAAAAAUCAAGUUUCAAAGUGUCAGUGGUCAUGGGCCCAAUUGGACAUUAAGUGAAGAAGGUUAAAAAUCAAGUUUUAAAGUGUCAGUGGUCAUGGGCCCAAUCGGACAUUAAGUGAAGAAGGUUAAAAAUCAAGUUUCAAAGUGUCAGUGCUCAUUGGACCUAUUGGACAUUUAGUUAAAAAGGUUACAAAUUAAGUUUCAAACUGUCAGUGGUCAUGGGACAAACACAAACUCAAAUACUUUCAAGAUUGAAAACCAUAUGUGCAAUGCAAUCAAAACAAAUUAAAAUUUUUGGAUCUAAAAAAGGAUCUUAUCUUAUUAUAAUAGUCUUAUCUUAUCUACUCUUGUCUUAUUUUAUCAUUUUACUCUUAUCUUUUUAUUUAGAGAGUAUCCCCAAAACAUUGAAAAUUUAGAAGCACUGCAUUUAUGAAAAAGUAUUGCUUCCUCUGGAUGAUGCGGUUGAGGCUGUAGUAAUGAAUGGCUAUUUAUAUGUUUUCAAUUUUUCAGGUGAGCCACACAACUAUAAAUCCUUACAGCAUUGUGCCUGUUGGUCCACAACUUGAGCUACAUACACAGCAUAACAGAGACAAGCUGUGAGUGGUCAAAGGUCAACAAACAAACAGAAUCCACAUCAACAGCUUUUAUCGUAUUCAAAAUAUCCUGCAGUAGUUUAAGUUUAGCUCUAUAACUAUAACCUUGAUGUAAAAGACAUGUUAAUGGAAGACGUAUAACCUUGGUGUAAAAGACUUAUUAAUGGAAGACAUGUAACCUUGGUGUAAAAGACUUGCUAAUAGAAGACGUAUAACCUUGGUGUAAAAGACUUGUUUAUGGAAGACAUGUAACCUUGAUGUAAAAGACUUGUUAAUAGAAGAUGUAUAACCUUGGUGUAAAAGACUUGUUAAUAGAAGAUGUAUAACCUUGGUGUAAAAGACUUGUUAAUAGAAGACGUAUAACCUUGGUGUAAAAGACUUGUUAAUAGAAGACGUAUAACCUUGGUGUAAAAGACUUGUUAAUAGAAGACGUAUAACCUUGGUGUAAAAGACUUGUUAAUAGAAGACGUAUAACCUUGGUGUAAAAGACUUGUUAAUAGAAGACGUAUAACCUUGGUGUAAAAGACUUGUUAAUAGAAGACGUUUGGUGUAAAAAGACUUGUUAAUAGAAGACGUAUAACCUUGGUGUAAAAGACUUGUUAAUAGAAGACGUAUAACCUUGGUGUAAAAGACUUGUUAAUGGAAGACAUAUAACCUUGAUGUCUAGGAUUUGUUAAUGGAAGACAUAUUUCAUCUGUUGUUUAUUUGUUGAAUUUCCUUUAUUUUUUAUUCUUCUCCAUAAACAGACAUUUUAAAAAGUAUAAUAAUAUUUUCCCACAUUAAAACCUGUAGCUUAACUUGUGAGAUUGUCAGAUAAGAGAGAUGAGAUCAAGUACUCAUUUUAACCCACAAUAAUAUCGGCACAUUCCAGAAUUAAUAAUUUCAAUUGGAAUCACAAGUUGGAUGGAUACUUCUUAAAGGGGAAUAACUCUCCUCCACAAGUUUUACUUCCACCACUACCAGAUAUAAAUCGAACAACAAAUAAACUAAUAAUUUGUAUUUAUAAUCAUGUUACAAUGUUAGACUAAAAUGUUAGUCCUGGGUGGUAAUAUCGCUAGCUAGGCCACUGCUCAGUAGUGAAAUUAGUGGAGAAAAGCAGUGCCAUCUUAAGGCAAACUUGCCCACUUCUCUAGGUGGCCUCAUGGCUCUAGGCGGCAUCAAGCCUCCAGGGAACAGCACACAUCUAGGAUGCUUCUAGGGAACCCUAUUCAGCUAGGGCACCUCACACUUCUAGGUGCAUUAUGCUGCAAAUAUUAUUAGUGAAUAUUGACAUAUUUUAGGUUAUUUAUUUUGCUUUUAAAAUGGCAAAACCAAUUUUCAAUUCUCACAUCAAUUUAACAUUUUUGGUACUAGAUUUAAAAAAUUUCUCUUUUGAUAAAUAUGAAUUUGAAAAAAAAAAUAAAAAUUAUUUUCUUGGUGGGCGAGUAAAUCAAAGAGUCUUACAAAUACAAAAGGCAAAAAACGCUCUUUAGUAAUUUAAAUGAAGAAAGUUAUAGUAGUUAGAAAUUCCAAAAAUACUUUUUUUUUAUGUUACUGCAAAUUUUUUGGAAAAUUCACACCUAACUGCUUUUCUAGAUUUUUUUAAAAUUAAAACUUUCACAAAGGAGCGAUCUGUGCCAUCAAUCUCUAACGGGAAUAAUUAUAUACGGCUCGACUAUAUAGAUUCCAGGGUUGAAACUUAGCUGGGGCCAAAAGCAUAUCUUCAACUAAAAUGAAUUUAGUUUAUAUUGGCAAAGGGGACAGAGUUAUUUAUAGAUGACCCCGACCUUUGUCGCCAUGAUGCAUACUUUUUUUAGCUUUAAGUGUCGUAGCUAAAACUAGUGCCAGACUGGGCAUGCCAAGAUUUUUUCCUGCCAUUUUCAAUGAUAAAAAUCUACAGUAGGCUGCCCCACCAUAAAAAGAUGAAAAUUUGCAGAGUGCUGACCACCCCCCUCCUUACACCUGUGGGGCACUGCCCCCGCCCCCUUCAUAUUUGGAUUCAUUGUGUCUUAAUCCAUUUAAACCCCUAUGACUUACUUUCAGUAGCAAACCUUUUGUUGGCCACUUUCAGUAGCAAACCUUUUGUCGGCCACUUUCAGUAGCAAACCUUUUGUUGGCCAAAAUAAUUAGUUAAAAAUUCAGAGAAGAUUUUGUUUUUUUUACCUUAAAUGUGUGUCAGUUAGUCUUAUAUAAAGGAAGGAGACGAAGUUUUGUAUACAAACCCAACAUAUGCUUUAUUUAAAUACAUACAUUGCCCAUUGCAAUGAGAACGGUUUUUCUGGCCUCUUCAAUCUACUUAUGAGAGAUAAUAAAAUAGGGACUAAAAUAUUAUACCUUCAACCAGUUGUUCAAAAUAAAAGAGAUAUUAUAUAAUAUAACACUGAAUAAAUUAUAAUACAAUCAACCACUUGUUCAAAACUAGAGCUGGUAAAUCUGAUGCAAUUUUCAAAAUCAGUGCACAAAAUGACACCAUGUACAGCUCUGAAACCCAAGCACCAAGAGAAAAUAUUAUUUUUUUUUGUUGGCCUGUGUUAAUAUAUUAUUAUU